CCUCCGCCCUGGACCGACGAGCUGGCCGAGAUGUCCCGGCACAUCUACACCCGACACGGGAUGGAAGGGACGCAGAAGCCCGUGUUCCAGGCCAACAGAGGAACCUUCUCCAGACGCAGCCGGCUGAAGAGGUCCGACGGCAGCACCACCUCCACCAGCUUCAUCCUCAGACAGGGCUCAGCUGACUCCUACACCAGCCGGCCGUCGGACUCGGAUGUUUCCCUGGAGGAGGAGAAGGAGGGCCGGCAGGAGAGGGAGCAGCAGGCCACCGUCCAGCUGGAGAGGGCAAAGACUAAAGCCGUGGCGUUUGCCGUGAGGACCAACGUGAGCUACUGCGGCGCUCUGGAUGAGGACGUCCCUGUGGCCGGCACGGCCGUGUCCUUUGAUGCCAAAGACUUCCUCCACAUCAAAGAGAAGUACAACAACGACUGGUGGAUCGGCCGCCUGGUGAAGGAAGGCUGUGACAUCGGCUUCAUCCCGAGUCCUCUGAAGCUGGAAAACAUCCGACUGCAGCAGGAACAGAAGAGAGGACGCUUCCACGGGAAGUCCAGCGGGAACUCCUCCUCCAGCCUGGGAGACGCGGUGUCGGGCUCCUUCAAGCCGAACCCCAGCGCUGCAGGGAAGCAGAAGCAGAAGGUAGCCGAGCACAUCCCUCCGUAUGACGUGGUUCCCUCCAUGAGGCCGGUCGUCCUGAUCGGGCCGUCCCUCAAAGGUUACGAGGUGACGGACAUGAUGCAGAAGGCCCUGUUUGACUUCCUGAAGCACCGGUUUGACGGGAGGAUAUCCAUCACCCGGGUAACAGCUGACAUAGCGUUGGCCAAGAGGUCCGUCCUGAACAACCCCAGUAAGAGGGCCAUCAUUGAGCGAUCCAACACCCGCUCCAGCCUGGCGGAGGUCCAGAGUGAAAUCGAGCGUAUAUUCGAGCUGGCCAGGUCUCUGCAGUUGGUUGUGCUGGACGCAGACACCAUCAACCAUCCAGCUCAGCUCAUCAAGACCUCGUUGGCGCCCAUCAUCGUCCACGUCAAAGUGUCCUCUCCGAAGGUCCUCCAGAGGCUGAUCAAAUCAAGAGGGAAGUCUCAAAGCAAACACUUGAAUGUGCAGCUUGUUGCAGCAGAGAAACUAGCUCAGUGCCCUUCUGAAAUGUUUGAUAUUAUUCUGGAUGAGAACCAGCUUGAAGACGCCUGUGAACAUCUGGCAGAGUACCUGGAGGCUUACUGGCGUGCUACACACACUUCCCUUAGCACGCCACUCAACCCCCUGCUGGGACGCAACCUGGGCUCCACCGCUCUCUCCCCGUAUCCUGCUGCCAUUCAGGUGAAGCUGGCACCUGUUGUUUUCUCUCUCAAACAGGUCCAAAGAAACCGCAACAGUAACCACACAACAACGGACCUUUCCCCCAUAGAGCGCCAUAGCCUGAUGCCCGCCGAUGAGAACUACCAUAACGAGCGAGCGCGGAAAAACCGCAACCGCCUGUCCUCGGGCUCACAGCACAGCCGGGACAACUCGCCCCUGGUGGAGGAGGACUACCAGGACCCCUACCAGGAUGCAUACAAGCCUCAUCGUAACCGGGGGUCCCCGGGCGGCUUCGGCCAGGACUCACGGCACCGACACUGAGCUGUUGGCCUGCUUGUCUUUCUCAAACCUACCAACCGUGGGCAGAAGAGUUUGAGGCGGCCUUGCUGUAACUAAACUACGCUACUACUUAUUUGGACUUCCUUGUGUCGAUGUAGUGCCUCGUUUUCCAUUCGGCCUUCUGCCAAAUGAGCAUUUGUACCUAAAAAUAUGGACUGAAAGUAGCACAAGAGUGGAACAGACCCAAUCUUCCCCGUGAAGAGUGAGGGGAGUUCACCAGUGAUAGUGUGCGUUGUUGGCUCUCCUGGACCCUCUCAGCUGUUACAGUAGCACACAGGUAGCACUGUGAUUACAGGUGACUAGCCAGUGUCCUGUGAUCAGCCAGCUCGGUAUCAUUGCACAUUGUGAAAUAGUCACAAAUCUAUUAGUUUUGCCUAAAGGGACACGAAUUGUAAUGUUUUUUUACUUGUCACUCAGGACGAAAAUGAUGCCAAUGGAAA